CUAUAAAUUUAGUGUCCUCAUCACGCAUAUGUCACCACAAGUUUGCUGCGCGGAGAACAGAAAAUGACAAAAAUCCUUUACUCCAUUUGUGUCCUUCUACAUUUGGGGCACUUUACAACAGGACAGAUUCAUCUGGAAGCACCUCAGCGGUUGGGGCCUUACAAUGUUGAUCCUGAUUCCAUUACCGUAUCUGGCUUCUCCUCAGGCGGAUCUAUGGCUACACAGUUUCAAUUCAGCUACUCAACCCUAAUCAAAGGAGCAGGAAUUUUUUCAGCUUACGGGCCAUACCUAUCCGGAUAUGAUGGUUUUGAGGCUUUCCAGACAUCCAUUAAAUAUCCCAACCUAGUCAACAUGUCAAACUUACUGCAAAGAAUUGUCGACUUUUCAUCUUCGCAUAAAAUUGACGACAUCAUGAAUCUUAACGGUUCCAGGGUGUAUAUUAUUGGGGGGUCGAAGGAUAUCGUCGUUAAUCAAGGGUCACUCAGACUUGCGAGUACGGUAUACAGUAUUUUCGGUGCUAAUGUACUAACACAGUUCAGCAUUCCAGCCGGGCACGGUAUUCCUGUCACUAACGGUCGUGGAGGUCCAUGUACCUCCCAGAUAAAUUUGUCUGCAGGAUAUUUAAACGAAUGUGGGUUCAACAGCGUUUUUCAAAUGUUCAGCUGGUUAUUUGAUAAUACCGUACCACUUAGCGUCGGAACUCAGCCAACAGGAAAGCUCAUACCGUUCACACAAUCUGAUUUUAUAAAUGGGUCCAGUUACGAAUUGACGAGAGCAUUUCGAGGAAAUGGGUACAUCUACGUCCCAAGUGCUUGUCAAAUUGAAAGCAGAGUGUCAUGUCGCCUGCACGUUGUAUUUCGCGAAUGUAUUUCUGGCCCUGAAUUUCCUGACCAUAGUGACGUAGAGCAAAAAUUAAUUGCUCAGUAUGCUGAAGUGGCCGACUUAAAUAAUAUCGUCGUAUUGUAUCCAGCAAUGGAGUACGUGAUGCUAUCAACCACUACAAAUACUGGUCAACGGGAACUUGCGUGUUGGGAUAAUUACGGCUACACUGGUCAAUCUACAUUUGCAACUAAGCAAGGAGCUCAGGCUAGUAUCGUUUACAGGAUGAUUCAACGAGUCCUUGGAAAAUUUUAAUUUCUCUCCGAUGUGGCAAAAAAGUGAAAAACAAUCUACCCUUAAUUUUCUCUUCAGAUUUUUGUAGUAUAAAUCAGCUUCCAAGCUCUAGCAGCAGAAAGAUUUCCUCAUCUCUUUUAAUUGGUUCGAAAUUACAACUUGUCUACUUGAAGGUGUACCUUUUCCUCGUUUGUUCUUAUGUAAUAUAAUAAAUGCAAUCAAUAUAAAAUCAAACAAUAAAACGCACAGUUUAUUCAUCUAA